GCGCCACCCGGUGGCCACUGCGCGCUUCCGUGUCACUUCCUUGUUCCUCUGUGGAAGGGCGAAAACUUUCAACGAAACCAACACGUCCGGACUUUUGUGACUUCAUUUCGAUCUAACGUCGUGGUCGACAUUGGGAGCAGACAUCUACAAUCCCUCGUCCAUCUCUCCAAACUCGUUCCGUGCGCUUUGACGCAGAAUCCAGAAGUUAUGGCUGACAGCCGGGAAGGAACGAGAGAAGACGGAGAGCAGGAACCUCAGGGCGCAGAGGGUGGGGAAGAUGUGGUCGAUGAUCCCAUCAUGGAGCAGGGAGCAGUGGUCCUCAGAGGGUAUGUGGUCGCACUUAUAAACGAAGAGGAGCCCAGUCGACACCUGUCCCCUGAGCAACUGGGAGGAAGGCCUAAUGAAAACCAGGAUCCACAGAUCAAAGAAGUGGUGGCGCAGCUGCUCAAGAUCGCAGACGAGAUGAACCGGAACGCCGAGCUCCAACAACUGAUCAACCAGGUUCAGGGCAACUGUGCUCAGGACAUCUUCAUGAAGGUGGCCAGGAACAUCUUCGCUGAUGGCAUCAACUGGGGUCGAGUGGUGGCUCUCUUCCAUCUGGCCUACAGACUCAUAUACAAGGCACUGACCAGCAACCAUCUAGAGAACAUCCGAAUAAUCAUCAGCUGGGUUCUCCGGUUCAUCAGAGAGCAACUCUACCGCUGGCUCGUACAGCAGGGAGGCUGGGCUGGGGUGAUACAUGGUUUUUCUCGGUGGAGGACGGUAGCCAUAGUAGCAUCAGUAGCAUUGGUGGCAGCCAUUGUUUACUACAGGAAAACACGCUGAGCACAUCAGACCUCACAACCGCAAUCAGGGCUGCAGUCCAAUCACCUGGAUAAACGCAGCUCGAUAAUAAAGACUAUUAAUUACAACCACUCCUCAACCUCCAUCUAUUCAUCCACUGGAGGAUAUGUACUGUACUAAGAAGGGGAGGGGGGCCUCCUCUCUUAGGAUUCUAAGAACAAAACAAAAAAAAGUGCACUGGGCAUCUCCAUCAUCCUUCAGCAGCAACCAUAUGGAAGCACAAGAGCUGCUGCAACACACCUUCUAGCCGCCAAAUUGAAGGCUUUAAGAGGAUGAAGGUGUUCAUGAACAUUGGACGUAGCUGUAGAUGACUUCAAACAGACCAGGGACCAGACCCUACCGGAACCAGGUCUCUGGUCCACAUCGGUUCUGGGUGGGGUCCAACGUAGAUUUCUCUACUAUGUGUAUGUAUUUAUAUAGUUAUCUUAGCAAAAAUUUGGAGCUAUAGACCUGAGAGGACAUGAGAAAAGAGUCUGAUGAAAACAACAACAGCAGCCAAUCAAAAUUCAACUAAAUUCCUGUAUUGUAGCUUCAUCAUGUUGGCUUAUGCUGGUAAUUUUAACGUUUUGACGAAGUAUAAUAAUUCCCACUUUCAAUCACUUUUUUUUCCAGCAGGCCAUUUGGCAUGUCAUCGUACAAAAAGCCCUGUUGUUAAUGUAAUGAAUUACACAAUGUUCUGAGUCAAAGUGUCUGCUUUUGAAAAAGUUAUAUUGCCAACAAAACACAAGUUUGUUGAGUUGAAUCUGAAUCUGAAGUUGAAUUUUUUGAAAGUGGUCAUUGUAAUUUAAGACUUCUACAAAGAGAAUCUUAAAUGUAAACUGGAUUAUUGGACUUUUCUCUACAGAAAUGCCUUUUCAAAUUAUUGUUGAAUUAACUCAAGUUUUUAUCUACCGUUGACUAUUUAGGAAAAAAAAGUGCAUAUUUUCUAACGCUUUGCAGUUUAUACUGAUAAUUCAACCAGAGAUUUUUUUUCUCGACCAAUGUUUAAACAUCUAUUGUUGUCUAUGAAGACAUGAAUGGGACUUUUUACUUGCAAAAUCCUGGACUCUCCCACCACACGGCUCUGUAGGUGUGGGAUGUUUGAGCGUAAGACUGUGUUUACAGAGAUUAUUAUUAUGGGCUAAACAACUACGGUCAGCUGACCAUCAAUGUAAUGUGAAUUGCACGCUGGCUCAGGUAUCUUACAAAAACUCUGACGUCGCAUUCACAGAAGAGGUCGUGUAACUCUACGCGCCAGCAGUGUUCAGAAACUAAUUUCUUUUGCCUCUGUCUUUCUGGGAUCUCCCUGUGGUCGGUCACAUUGAUACAUGAGACAAAUGUUUUCAGUCGUCAGACACCUGCAUAAGAUAGUGAUGUGACCUGGCAGAAUCCUCCUGUUCUGCCAAGUGAAACCGAUGUGGAAGUGUCUUACAAUUUGCAUUCUCUCUACUGACCAGCAGGGGGCAACUCGUCUGAUUGUAUAGAGGUCUAUGAGAAAAUGACUCAGAAUUACGGUUAUAAUAAGUACGACACUCCGUAUCUUAAGUGACAUGCGUGACUUAAAAGUAAAUGUUGUGUUUAAAUAACUAAACCGUUGACCCAAACAGUGGUCUCUUGAGUCAAAGUCCUGAAGAACAAACAUUCAAACUUUAACCUGCUGAUGACAAACGGCAACAGCCUUCAGCAGCCAUUUGUCAAAAUAGUUGUUCCAGUCACACUUUUCACGAGAGACACUUUUUUACCCAUCUUUCUUUUCCAUAUAUCUUCCACUGUGAAUGGUAAUCUUUUAGUACAAUUGGAAAAGAUGAUGUGGAUUUUUUUUUUAUCAUCGCAGUAGUUUAGUGAUUUCAUCCGUACCUGAGCUGAUCCCUCAGAUUAAGAUGGUUAGCUGUUCCUACAUUUCAGACAUACAGUGUGUGCAGAAUAGGCCUACACACCCAACAUCACAGCAUAGUUCUCAUGUUCCAGCCCGGUUGCUCCCUGCAGUAUUUCAACUUCAUCUUCACACGCUCACUUCUCCAAUGUAUUUUUGUAAUAAACAGAUACUGGUCGAUUUUUAAACCUGUAAAACCUCUACAACUGCUAGCAAAAGGGGGAAAAAAACAUGUCCUUUGGUUUCUAAACUUGCAAUUAUCUUCAUUUAGAUUCUCCAGCAGAAAGACCAGACUUUUAAGUGUUCGAGAAAGAGUUCUCUGUGGUUCAUAGAUAAAUGCCUUUAGGUUUUUUCAGAUGUGUCGGGUCAGUUGAUGUGAUGGAUGAUUUAUUUGGGGACAGUCGGUGGCUGAAGGGAACCUCAUGCUAUAAUCUAGUGCCAUGCAAGCUUUUCUCAGGUGUUUUUGCUACCAAAUUUAUUGUGCACUUUUGAGAGGGGUAUCACACUAUUUAUCUGCUUGUUUCAUGGUGUUUUUCUUAUUUUAAUUUUAAUGUGACUUGAUGAUUAUUUUGUUGUUAGAAAUAUGAACUAAUUGGACUCCCAUUUUCUGUGAAUAAAUGAGAAAUUGUGUUAUACCACU